AAAAUAAACAUAUAAAAUAAAUAAAAAAAAAAUUUGUGGAGUUUUCAGAAUCUCCGUCGUCUUUCGCAUUUCUAUCCAUUUCGGUCACAGAUCGUCAUUCUAGGGUUUCGUUCUAUUCAUUUUGAAGCUCUGAUUUGGAUUUUUUUUUCGCCAUUGAUUUCAAUUUUCUCAAUCUGAAAAAGGGGAGAACAAGAGGAAGGAUUUGAUGGUGCAGUUGAUGAAAUCCGGGAAUCGUUCUCUGGAGCCGGAUAUGGCGUCAUUUCGCGACAAGGUACCGGUGAAACUGGAGAUCGAGGACUCUCUUGAAGAGGAACAUGGUCCGUUCACCAAGCGAUCGAAAACGGCGACGACGGUUUCUCCGCAACAAAGUGAUGGUAUCGAUGAUUUUCCUGUACCGCCUUCACAAUACAAUCCGCUUGAUGAGCCUAGUCCUCUUGGUUUGCGGUUGAGGAAGAGUCCUUCAUUGUUAGAUCUAAUUCAGAUGAAGCUUUCUCAGUCGACUGCUACUUCAAGCGAUGUGGCUGAAUGUGAAAGCUUCAACUCUCCAUUGAGGAAGGAAAAUAAAGGCACUGCCAUUCCGGCCUCUACUGACAAAUUGAAAGCUUCAAACUUUCCUGCAUCGCUUCUAAGAAUUGGUGGUUGGGAGUAUAAAUCAAGAUAUGAAGGUGAUUUGGUGGCAAAAUGUUAUUUUGCUAAGCAUAAGCUCGUAUGGGAGAUUCUUGAAGGUGGGUUGAAGAGUAAAAUAGAAAUUCAGUGGUCUGAUAUUAUGGCCUUAAAGGCCCACUGCCCUGAUAAUGGACCUGGUACUCUGAAUGUGGUGUUGGCUAGGCAGCCCCUUUUCUUCCGGGAAACAAAUCCUCAACCAAGAAAACACACGUUAUGGCAGGCAACUGCUGACUUUACUGAUGGCCAGGCUACCAUACACAGGCAACAUUUUCUGCAAUGUCCUCAAGGAUUGUUGAACAAACACUUUGAAAAGCUAAUCCAGUGUGAUAUGCGUCUUAACUUCUUGAGCCGACAACCAGAGAUAGUUUUGGAUUCACCUUAUUUUGAACGGAGGGUUUCUGUUUUUGAGGAUCCAGAACACCAAGCAGAAAAUAGUAAAGGAUCAAUUGUAUCUGUUCUGACAGACGGUGCCUCGCCAUCUCCUCAGCAAUCAUCCUUGAAGAUAGAACAACAAGACUCUACUUGUACGACAGUAGAACAUCAUUCUCAAGAAGCGCCAUCACCUUGUUCAGCCGAAGCAAGUGCAAAUUUUGAAGUUGGUAGCUCUAGAAGCCCAAGGAAUUGGGAACAAAUCAAAGUGCCUGGGCUCCACCCAUCUAUGUCAAUGAGCGAUCUCGUGAAUCACAUUGGACACUGCAUUUCCGAGCAGAUGACGGCGGCAAAUCCAUCAUUUGCCAAUCAAGGACCAGAAUACCAAGACAUACUAGAGGAUAUUGCGCAAUAUCUGCUGAAUGACAACCAAUCUACAACUUCUGAUGAGAAAUCUCUUAUGAAAAGAGUCAAUUCUCUCUGUUGUCUCUUGCAGAAAGAUCCAACCAAUACCACCACAACUCAGAAUUCCCUGUUCAACGAUGGAAGUCGUGGCGAAGGACCCGAUGGUAGGAAGAAUGAUAAAGUCGGUAAUACAUUGAGGGGCGAUGUCAAAGCUUUUGCAGAGGACGUAAAAGAUAACUCAGGUACUAAGCAGGCAGGCGGUAUGUCUAGGAAGGAUUCAUUUGGUGAACUGCUGUUGCAUCUUCCUCGAAUCACUUCUAUCCCGAAGUUUUUGUUCAACAUCUCAGAAGAAGAUGGUGAGAGUUAAAGGCUGACGGAAAUGUUCCUCCUCUAAAUUGCUUCAGAAACAGGCGUCGAGAUGGUCUAAAAGCAGAUGAGAAAGUCUUGAUGGGAUUCUGAAAUAUAUAUUGAUGAAGAAUCCUGUAUGUGUAAUUCAUGUAUUUAGGCAAUUUAUGUAUGUCUACAGCUGUUUUAAUUCUUUUCCAAGUAAUGUUAUGAGACGAGCCCACCCUUACAUAAGUUGUAAAUGGAAUAUCCUUUGGUGAAUCAAUCUAUUUUAGGGUUUAUACAACUUGAAACAAAAUUAGCUACAAAUUU